CAAAGGCGGGAAAUGAUCGUCGUCAGUGUUUAUUUUAUUCGAUGGGUUCAGUUGUCUCGUCUCUUUUAUAUUUCGUGUGUUUUUAUUAAAAAUGUCGUUAUGCUGUAGUUACGUUCCAGAUUAUUUUUCUAUAAACGAUAUUUUAGCAACGGAAGAACGUAUAUUAUGUACGAUUGACGUGACACUUCCUGGUUUAGGAUUUUUAGAUAUUUCUAAUGAUUCAGAUGAUUUAAAACAAGGAACAAAACUAGAAUUUCCUGUUUGGUUAACUCAUCCACUUAAUAUAAUACAAGGAUCACUCAUCAACAUAGAAUUACCAAAAGUAUAUAAAGAUAGUUAUAGAGAAAUUCUUCAAGCAGAUGCAUGCGCAGUAUCACUGAGCAAAUGGAAUCCUCAUUUUUAUGAAGUAGGAAUGUAUUUAAGAACCUUUAAUAUUCGAGAAAGUGAAAAAUUAACAGAGAAUUUGUUAGAGACCUUCAAAUGUCGAUUCAGAUUAAUCAUGGAUUGGGCACAGAAUCCUAUUUCAGAUCUGACAUUGGGUAGUCAGCUUCCUAGAUUAGAAAAAGAUUUGUUCUUAAUUAGUAGGAAAGCAAAGGUACAAUUAAACGAAUGGUUAAAAAAAGGUACUGGUAUUAUAGAAACAUCAGAAGUAGCUGCAAAUCUUAAGAAACGUAAACGUACUGAUUAUGAGUUAAAUUAAUUCUAACUAUUUAAAUAUAUAUAAUAUACAUAUAAUUGAUAGCCAAUAGAUUAUUAGCAAACAUAAUUAGCAUGCAUAUUGUAUGUAUAGGGAUUUUAUUUUAGUAAAAUUAGAAGGAGAUUAUUUUUUUUAUAUCUUAUUAAUACUAGGAAAAUCAUUUAUUAAUAUUUUUAUAUUGAGAUUAUACAAUAACAGAUAUAUACAUAUCAAAAGAUACAUUAAAUCAGAAAGUGAAAAGUGAUAUAUUUGAAAAUUUGACGAAACAAAGAAUGUUCAAUAAUUUUUUUUAUUAUUUAGACAGGGAAUAGUGUGUAGUUCUAUUAUAUAGGAUUGAGAAGAAAUGAGGAGGCUGCUUAAUUUAAAAAUCACAUAUCCCUUUAUUUAAAGAUACAAAUGCUUAUAGUUAUUAAAUAACAAAUAAAAAGUUUAUUUACAUUUCUUGUACGAAAUCAGUCAACCAUUGAACUGUUAACAAUAUUGAAAAGACUCAGGCAAUGGAAAAUGGUAACGUCUAGUUCACAACCCAUAGCUAAGUAAUGUUAAUAUAUACCUUAAUCAUAUAUAAUAAAAUAUAUGAUUCAUAUUGAGUCAUAAAAUAACUUGCGUACCAUAUGGACAUACAUUUGUCAGACACAAUGAACAAAGCAUUUUUUAAUUCUAUAUUUGAAUCAUUAUGUCUUACAAAAGUCAACGUUCGUAAAAUCUUUUCGUACAAAAAUACAAAAUUUACUUAAUUUACUAUAGCAAUCUAAAACUAAUGGAUUUAUGUUUAUGAUUUAGGAGUACACGUUUCUAUAUUUUAUACGUUCAAGAAAUUAACAAUAUAGCAAUUGAAACACUUUCUAUACAAAAUGGACUAUGCGUUUUACAAAAUAAACUAAUAUGGUCUGAUAUUCUAUGGCAGUG